AUGUUUUAUUGUGGAAAACCCUCAGAAGGGAACAUGUGCGAUUUGGCAUUUGGGAAUGGACGUUUCGCUGUCAUCGAGAAAGCCAAAGCCGAGGAAAAGGCUAGGAGAGUCAGGGCUAUUGGAGAAAAGCCGCGGGGAACAAGAACAACCAUUGCAGCUAGAGCAAAACCAACAAUUAGAGCUUCAUCUUCAAUAGCUGGUACCUCAAAGUUGAAGUACAUCGCCGCCAUCAUACUUGGCGAAGCUCGCUACGAACACAUAGUUGCCUUAAUGCGUGUCAACGAUACACUCAGAUCACCAGUUUAUGAGGCCAAAGAUAGGACAUUGCUCUCAAUUAUGGUAUUGGUUGUAUUCGAAACAGAGACACGUACAAGCCGAUUAUUCCUGAAAGCAUGGACCGAACAUAUCACUGGGGCAUCAACGCUUCUUGAGCUUCGAGGCCCUUCACAAUUUAGAACACGAGCGGGGAUUGGUCUAUUCAUGCAGAUAACAACCCAUAUCCUCAUAAGUGCUUUACAGCGCGAGGUACUGAUGCCGCCAGAAAUUAUGGCAUUACGAGCCACGGUAUACAAGCAGCUUAACGCUAGGGAUCCCGCCUUCAAAAUGCUUUCCAUGCUAGACAAAUUCGCGUACUUUCGAUCUGAUCUCCAAACGGGCAAACAAGACGAUAGCGAACACGUUAUUGCCACUGGCGAAGAAAUUGAAGCAACGGAUCUCAUCUUUGAAGUUUCUUACGACAUAUAUUACGGCUACUGGAUAGCGUACAUGUGA